UGCAGAGUUAUAGCCAUUGUAUUGCACUUUUUCCUACUCUCCAUGUUUUCAUGGAUGCUAAUGGAAGGCUUUCAUCUAUAUUUGCAAAUUAUUUCGGUUUUUAAUACUUCUUCCAAACUAAAACUGUAUUAUAUAUUCGGCUGGGGUACACCAGCCGUUAUCACAAUUACCGCUGCAGGUAUGAGAUUUUCAAGUUACGGAAAAAAUAAAAUUUGUUGGCUAUCUGUAUAUGAUGGUUUGAUCUGGACAUUUGUCGGUCCUGUCCUAUUUGUUAUAUCGAUCAAUAUUAUAGUCUUGAUAUCCGUGGUGCGUAUAACAUACAACAAAUCAAAAUUUCAAUUAACUCAGAAAAGAAGAAAUGAGUUACGACGUGUUCGAGUUGCAUCGAAAGCCACGUUUAUUUUGCUGCCUAUUCUUGGAAUCACAUGGCUAUUCGGAAUCAUUUCAGUAGACGAUCAUUCUGUAGUCCUCAGUUAUCUAUUCGUAAUCUUCAAUGGACUACAGGGUUUCCUGUUCUUCAUAUUUCACUGCAUAUUAAAUUCUGAGGUACAACAAAGCGAUUAUAUCAAUCUCUUAUAA